AUGUUUUUUAAGCAGAUUAAUAUUGGGCUGUCUUUAGCUCAUCGUUCAUUAGAUCGGAAUUUGAUAGCGUUUUCCGGUGAUGGCAUCACAGAAGCACCAUUUUACCCAAGGACCGGCAAACUGAGCCAAUUUUUAGGCUUUGUUACACCUCGACCGCUACCUCAGGAUGCGAAUUUCGUUUACGCAUCAGUAUGGGCAUCGUGGUCUGCUUGGUCAUAUUGUAUUAAUAAUGUUCGUAUCAGAGUUCGAGCUUGCAAUACAGUCAAAGGAUUUUCUUGUUUCGGGAAAAAUCAGGAGCAAACUGAAUGUGAAUUAAAAAAAGAACAACUGCUUCCAGCAGGAACAGACUAUGAUGUGGCUGAUCCAUGGGAAGCUGACCGAAAGGAAGCACUUCGACAACUUUAUUCCCGCCAAGAAGCAACAGACCAGAAGCUAAAAAUUACUGAAGGAGAUAUCGCAUCGGAGAAUGAACGCGAUCCCGUUGAUGGCGAUGCAGAAGGCACAAGAGCUCGAAAUCAAGAAAGAUUCGAAUCGGCAAUUAAUCAAAAUCAAGACAUUAUUUCUUCUGCAACAGAGUUAGAACAAAUAAAACCAUUGAAUCAGGAAGUACUUGUUCCUUCAGGGCCGAACAAGGUUUACCGAUUAUUUUCCACACCAAAUCUCAAUGGCAAUAGCCGAACGAAAGCGCAAGCAUAUGUAUCACACGUGAUUAGUGCUAAAAUCGAAAGUCACAGAAAUAAGAUAAAUUUGCCAGAACUUGAAAAAGACAAUAGCUUCAAAGAUAUUUCGAGACCUAAAGUAGGACCAAAUUUACCUCCCAUUAAGAAUGAAAUAAAACGUACUUCUACUUCCUUACUAUCAAAAGCACCAGUCGAAGUGUCACGAACAACAAAGACUUUUUGGAAACACUUUGGACUUUUUUCAACUACAACUGCAUCUAUAUAUCCAGGCGCUACGCCCAAACUCCAAAGAAAAGAAAUUGAACGGCAGCCUGAACCGUCAUUUAAAUAUGAAAAUAUUGAAGAACCAGAAGUCAAAAAUCAAGAUCCUGGUUCUUCAAGCUAUAUUAAGCCCAAAAAUGAUAAUCUUUUCCUGAUUCCAUCUGUUAUCGACGAGAAAUCGUUUAGAAAAAUUGGUUCUUCGGCAACACCUAAUAAAAAGAAGCAAAGAAAUCAAACCAAAGCCACCAAAAAAUAUUCCAAUACUAUCAAAAAACAAGAGGAAGUAAUAACUACCGCAUUUCCGAAAAAUGAUCUAGAUAAAAAUGACAAAACUGCUAGGAUCAUUUGGCACAAACCGAUGAUCAAGAAAAUUGGGCCAUUAUCGAUUUUGGGAACAGAUAAACCAACUACUGAAAUUAGUAGGAUAAAUAUAUCACCAAAAAAGUCUUCGCUUCAUUCUGGUGAAGUCACUCCAUCACAAAAGAAAAUCAGUGACGAUGAUACAAAAAAUGCUUUAAAACUUUUGUUAGCAAAAAUGUCGAAAGUCACAUCCGAAAUGCAAGAAAAUAAAUUUAAUGACAAUGUCGGGAAUAACAAGAUUCAAAUAUUGCCAAAAAGUGUCAUUCAUUAUGGAGAAAUAGUGUUCGAUUUUGAUAAUAAUGAAUUCACUGAAUGUAUUCUAAAUAAACAAAAAUUUUACCAGGAAGCAUCGCAAAGAAAGAAUGAAGGCUUUACUGGUGAAAAUAAUGGAAGGACUAUCAAAAACCGCAUUUUUGCACGUAAGUCUGGAGAAAAUGCUUCGAAGCCACAAAAAAUUUUUUCAUCGUCACUUUAUAGUUGGAAGAGAUCUAUGCAUAACAAUUCUGAUCUAUUAGCUGCGGAUCAAGUUGAGAAGGAAAUUGAAAGUCUGGAAUCCAUCGACCAUGGAAUCGAAAGUUUAAGGUCUAUGGUCGAGAUUAUAGCAGAUAACCGAGAUGCACCAGAAAGAGAGAGGACAAAAGCAGUGGAGAAAGCGUUCAAUCUGAAUUUAGUGCCACUCGGUCCAUUAACUCCAGCUUACAUAAGUACGCCUCCAACAGUUAUUGACCCAUCUUUCUUGAGAGUUUUUGGUGCAAGAACAUUCACUGCUGCCAGAUGGUCGGAAUGGAGUAACUGGGGAGAAUGUUUCUGUGGUAAAAUGGUGCGAACGCGAACUUGCCAUUAUGAUGACCCUUAUUUGACAGAUGGCUGUAUCGGAAAAAGCUACGAAUCUUUACAAUGUGAUGACUUUAGUAAAUGUCCAACGACAGCGCAACAGUCUCAAUCAAGAAAUCGACUUUUCCACACACUUCCCGAUGCAAAUGGUCGCCUCCAAGCUCAUUACGCGUUUAAGCCGCGAGGAAUUUCAUCAGCAAUUGAAAUGCCGAAGGCAAAUAAAUUUAUUACGAGACGCGCAUAUCAAAUCGGAAAUGGGAGACCAAAUGUUAAUGAGGAGAAAAAUUUUAAUGUAAAUUCUGAUUAA